AAAAUAACCAACAGUGCCGUCUGCUGACUACAAGAAGCCUGAAACAAGACCAACAAGACUGAGAAAUCCAACAAAUGGUGGUCUCUGUAGGAAAUGUAAAUGAAUGGUUGACGGUUGAAGGCCAUAAAUAUGCAGAGGAACAUAAGAAUAUCCCUGACACACAUUUGAGUAAGGAAUAACUAGGAUCUAAGUGUUGAAAAUCCAAGGCAGACCUGCAGCGAGGAAAAUGAUUGGACCUUUAGGCCUACUCGUCCUCUUGGUGGUGAACCUGGUGGUAGUGAGCGGCACUCCGGUGGUGCCGAGCGACACUCCGGUGGUAGUGAGCGGUACACCUGAGUCGCUUCCAGUGGAUUGCAGCGACCUCUAUAACAACGGCUUCGGUAACAGUGGCGUCUAUACGAUCUUUCCAGCGGGACCCACUUCCCCGGUUCAGGUGUUCUGUGAAAUGGGCAGCAUGGAUGCACCAGAUAGUAACAAAUGGACGGUCAUUCAAAGAAGGACUGAUGGCACCAUUAACUUCUACCGUGGGUGGGAACAGUACAAGACUGGAUUCGGACAAGCGCCAAGUGAAUACUGGUUGGGUCUGGAGAAUAUCCAUCUCCUGUCUGGGAAAAAAAGCUACAAGCUGAGAGUGGACAUGGAGGACUUCAAUGGCGCAAAGGUAUUCGCGGAGUAUUCCUCCUUCAACGUGGCCCCAGAGAAGGACGGCUACAGGCUCACGUUAAGUGGCUUCAAAGACGGUGGCGCGGGAGAUUCGCUGUUUGUUCAUAAUGGACAGAAGUUCUCAACGUUUGAUAAGGACCAAGAUUCUUAUCCUACAAACUGUGCAAAAACCUACCUUGGAGGAUGGUGGUACGCUAGUUGCCAUUAUGCCAACCCUAACGGGGAGUAUUUGUGGGGCGAAUCAGUCCAUGGCCUUGGAGUUAAUUGGAAUUCUUGGAAAGGAUGGACGUAUUCCUUAAAAGCCAUUGCAUUCAAGUUAAGUCCCCAACUGGAACUGGAUGUUAUUGGAUGAAUUGUAUUAGAAUUACAAUUCAUUUACAAUGUGAAUAUUUAGUUGACGAGGGUUAGGCCCGUUAUAUUAAGUCAUAAGUCAUUAUAUACAACGUCCACAUGUUAAGCAUCAGAUGGGAUUUCAGCAUUAUAUUGUUUAGGCCUUUUACUCAAUAAAGAAUGAGAACAUUUAUUUGUUGUAUUUUGAUUUUGGAGUAACACACGAGUACCACCAGAGAGGACGACAAAUCGAUCAGGUAAUACCCAAGUUCCGAGGGACCAGUGUGAUGAAGAGGCUGAUGUGCACACUUUGAUUAUCCUACUUCCACACCAGCCCACACGUCUGCAUUGUGAACCAUAUGCAGAGUUUCUCCACUCAAGCGUGGAUGUGAGAUCUACACAA